AAAAUGUAAGUUUUUUAACGUAUCACUUUAAAAAUAUUUUAAGUAGUUUCGCCGCAUAUAAUUAAGUAUAUAAGUAGGGUGAAUUCUCUCAUUUUAGCCCCUUUUUUUUGAAUCUUAUCUCACUAUAUAAUUCUCAAUUAGAUUAAGAGCCAGUACCGAGUACAUUUACAUUCGCUUUAUAUUUCAAAUAAAUACAAUGAAGUUAUUCGCUGCCACCGCCUUAUUAGCCCUUGCUGCAUCUGCUCAAGCUGCCUACUCCAAUGUUACUAGUAGCGCCAACAGUACUGAAACUGUUACUGAUAUUGCCACUACUAUCAUCACUAUUACCUCAUGUCUGGAUCACGUCUGUACUCCAGAAGUUGUUACUACUGGUUUAACUACCGUUACUGAAGGUACCACCAUUUACACAACUUACUGUCCAUUAUCAACUGUAACUGAAAUCGAAACUACUAUUGUUACCAUCACAUCCUGUUCAGAAGAAAAAUGUACAGAAGAAACUGUCACUACCGGUCUUACUACUGUUACUGAAGGUACUACUAUUUACACUACCUACUGUCCAUUACCAACUACUGAAGCUCCAGCUCCAGCUCCAACUCCAAGUACCACAGCUGUUGAAACUACUCCUACUACUGUUGCAGCUGAAUCAACCACUUCUGAAGCUGCUGUUUCUACUGUUUCUACUUUCAAUGGAGCUGCUUCUAAUGCUAUUCCAGUUGUUGGAGCUGGUUUAGUCGCUUUAGGUGCUUUAUUCAUGUAAGAGAUCUUUGGUUUUUUAUUAAAUACAUAAAAUGUGAUAAGAUUUUAUCGUAUUAGUGUAUUAUUAAACUGGAAUAUAUUUUGCAUUUCAUAUUACAUUUCAUUUUCUAUUUUUAUUAACUGAUUCAGCUAAGCUUCGCAAAUUUUAUGGAAUGAGUUUGUUGCUUCAAAGUAUCCAAAAUUUUUGACAUUCUUAGUUCAUCAUUUUAGGUUUCGUGAACUCUACGGAGGGUAAUUUGGUAUAUAUAUAUUUUUUUUCUAACACCUGUUUUAAUUGAUUGCACGUCUUAUUAUAACAGUAGAAGGUUUAUGUUAUCAAUCAUACCAAAAGUUGGUGAGUUUUUAAAUUAUUUUAAUAUAUUAAUUUAUUUUUACAAAUAAAAC